UUUUGCCCAAUGAGUUAAUCCUAAGGUUAAGAUAAAUUUAAGAAAAUAGGCGAAAGUUGGGAUUUAUUCCCAUGAAUGUUUUACAAGUUGCUUCUUUUGACUUUUGCACGUAGCUGGAAUCGUGAUUCGUAGUCUCUCUUCUCCAAUAAUGAAUAAUGUCUAAGUCUAUAAAUAGCUGCAAAGCUCAUGCAUCCUUAAACUCAAGGCAGAGAAAAUCUGAAUAAAUAUGGAUUCUCGCUCUUGUAGAAGCACUGAUAUAUGGGAAUGGAUUCAAAAGCUUCCACCUAUUACUCAAUGGAAGAAGGAUUCCAUGUCUACAUGCAUAUGUGCAUCAAACUCAUCAUUAGCAACCCUGAGUCUCAACAUAACCAAAAACAUUUCAGCCCAAUCACUCUCUUUUGCCAUUUUUGCAAACUUUAGCCUCCCUGUGUCCCUUUGGAUCUCGAAACCCAUUUAUGUUUCGAGCUCGAGCUCGAGCUCUCUGGGUAAUGAAAAAACAACAUACAAUCUCAUAUUGAAUUUCAUCCAAGAUGUUCUCAAGUAUGGACCUAGCAAACAAAUUCAGCCUAUCAAAAUCCCCAACAUAAAUCCUCCAUCUUACUUGAAAGAUAUCUUCAAUGUCUCCUUUCUUACCUUGGUUUUCUUAGUUUGCAUUUAUGAAGCUCCUACUGAUCUUCGCUUCAAUUGUCUUUUGGCUCUAAAAGACGAGCUUUCAACUUCCCAAUCUCGUGAAGCCUCGAAGUUACUCAUGAGGCUCUUAGGAUCGUCUAAUAUUGAGGAGCAAUGGAUGAGAUGCCUAAAUCUUGCUAUCACAAACUGGAAAAUGGAGCUAAAAGCAGCCAACCGUAUCCUCAAAGGGCCAUCUCCUCUUUUUUCCCAUGCCUUUUCAACUUCAGGGUUGUGGAAAGUUCAGCUAUAUUGUCCUAUAAUAACCAUGGAAAUCGAAAACACGAGUGGGUCAGCUGAUGAGCGUCUGGCCUUUUCUCUAAACUACCACCAUCUUGAGGGUGUCAUACAGCUCAACUAUAAAGCCAUAGUGAAGGAAAAGUGGAUUGAGGUGAUGGUAAACAUCGACAAUAUCAGGCUAGAUGUGAUUCGACUAGUAAGCGAGAAGAUCCUAAAUGAUCGAGGAGCAGGGACAGCAGAAAAGCACUUCCCUUCAAGAAUCUCACUCCAACUAACUCCAGCACCUGAGACAGACAUUCUUAGUGUCUCAGUAAGCAAAUCUUCAGAGAAUCCAAAGAGGCAGAUUGAAAUAGAGAAGACAGUAGAAGGAUCAUUUGAGCCACCUAACAAAGUGGGAGUUCAGGUAUCAGCAGGAGAGACAACAACCACCACCUUCAAACCUUGGAAAUUUGAGGAGACUGUAAAGGGUGACAGUGGGGGAUUGAACUGGUUUCUGCAUGACAGUAGUGACGGAAGAGAAGUGUUUUCGUCUAAGCCUUCUCCGUUGACAUUUUUCCAGCCUAAAGCUUGGUUUAGGCACCGCUAUUCUAGUGCAUACCGGCCCUUCACCAGACAAGGAGGGAUUAUAUUUGCAGGAGAUCAGUACGGAGAAACCGUUUGUUGGAAGGUGCACAAAUCGGCUAUAAGAAACAGAUCGCUGGACUGGGACCUCUCUGGUUGCAUUGGAUUGACAUACUGGCCAAAUAAAUACAGGACAUUCUACAAUGAAACAAGGAGAGCUCAAUUUACAGAAACUCUGCAGCUUACUCUUUAGACUUUAGGAUCAUAUAUCAUAUAUCAUAUAUGUUAUGUUAAGAAACAGUAGUAGGACAAUAUGAAAUAGAGCGAUACUACUCCUAUUCCUAUAUCACUAUACUAUAUUGUUGUCCUUUCCACAAAAACCAAAUUUAAUUAGCGACUGUAACAAUAUGUAUUAUAUCUUGUUAAAUACAACCAGAUUUCUUUUGUAUA